AUGUGUCUACUGUGUGAGACGGGACCAAGUUGUCUCAGUCUGCCAUCGUACCUCAGUCCUCGCAGCUCAGGUGGUACACAGCAGUGUGAAGGUGGUACACAGCAGUGUGAAGGUGGUACACAGCAGUGUGAAGGUGGUACACAGCAGUGUGAAGGUGGUACACAGCAGUGUGGAGGUGGUACACAGCAGUGUGAAGGUGGUACACAGCAGUGUGGAGGUGGUACACAGCAGUGUGAAGGUGGUACACAGCAGUGUGAAGGUGGUACACAGCAGUGUGAAGGUGGUACACAGCAGUGUGAAGGUGGUACACAGCAGUGUGAAGGUGGUACACAGCAGUGUGGAGGUGGUACACAGCAGUGUGAAGGUGGUACACAGCAGUGUGAAGGAGGAACACAGCAGUGUGAAGGUGGAACACAGCAGUGUGAAGGAGGAACACAGCAGUGUGAAGGUGGAACAAUACAUCAGCCACAACACAGCAGCAGUCACAACUCAGCAGCCACACCACAGCAGCCACAACACAGCAGCAGCCACAACUCAGCAGCCACACCACAGCAGCCACAACACAGCAGCAGCCACAAAACACAGCGUGGCUCGGACACAGGUGGGGUGGGAAUGUGA